AUGGAGGAAAAACAGAAGAUUGCUGAGGCUGAAAGUCUCAAACGUCUUGCCUUUUUCGGUUUGUUUUUUUGUUGUGUUUUUGAAUUUUGUGCUGAUUAUAAAUUAUUUGAGGCAUUUCUGUUUCAACUGUCGCCACAUUAACUGCAAUCAUUGCUGUUCCAAUGCUUUACAAUUAUAUGCAACAUGUUCAAUCUUCACUUCAAAAUGAAGUUGAAUUCUGUAAACAUAGAACAGACGGAUUGUGGGAUGAAUUCCAUAGAGUAAGUUUUUUUCCAAAUUAGAAAAAAAAAACUUUUUUGAAUGAAAAUCCAUUUUGGAAAAUAAUCUUUUUUUAGUUCGAAACUGUGAAAGGUGUUGAUUCUCGUAUCAAGCGUGGAAUUCGCGCACGCGCUUAUGGAGCUGGAUCAUAUUCCGAUGGAGCUGCCGGAGGAGGCGGUGGGGGUGGAUAUUCUGGCGGAGCUGCUGGAGGAGGUGGAGGAGGUGGAAGCUGUUGCUCAUGUGGAAUUGGAGCUGCUGGACCACCAGGACCACCAGGACAAGACGGAAAUCCAGGAACUGAUGGAGCUCCAGGAAACCCAGGAUCAGCUGGAAGCGAUGCUGCCGCUGCAUCUGCUCCAACUGCUGCCGAUUUCUGCUUUGAUUGCCCACCAGGACCAGCUGGACCAGCUGGAGGAGCUGGAGGACCAGGACCAGCAGGAGCUCCAGGAGCACCAGGAAAUACGCCAUCAGGAGGAGGCGCUGGGCCACCAGGACCUGCUGGACCACCUGGACCAGCUGGAAACCCAGGAUCAGAUGGAACUCCAGGAAAUCCAGGAGCACCAGGACAAACUACUGAAGUUCCGGGAGCCCCAGGACCAGCUGGACCACCAGGACCAGCCGGACCACCAGGACCAGCUGGAAACCCAGGACAAGCUGGAUCUUCUCAACCAGGACCGCCAGGACCAGCUGGAGAUGCUGGACCAGAUGGAGCACCAGGAAAUCCAGGAGCACCGGGAUCUCCAGGAGAUGCUGGAGCACCAGGAUCAGGAGGUAACAGAGAUUCAGAAAUAAGUUAUUCUAACAACAAAAAACUUAAUUUUCAGGAGGAUGCGAUCAUUGUCCACCACCACGUACCGCUCCAGGAUAUUAG